ACAGCUACAUUUCAUCCAGAAACUCUGUCCAGUAAGGUAGCUGAAGAAAGCAUCCAGCAAGGACUGGACAAGGAAGGGUGGCAGCCGGGGAACAAAGGUGGUGUUCACUGCUGCCUGGAAGAUGGAGGCACACAAUGUCACUGCCCCCUUCAACUUUUCCCUGCCACCGGGCUUUGGCCACCGCCCCACCGACCGGGCUCUGAGUGUCAUCCUGGUGAUCAUGCUGUUGUUCAUCAUGUUCUCACUGGGCUGCACCAUGGAGUUUAGCAAGAUCAAGGCUCACUUCUGGAAACCCAAAGGAUUGCUCAUUGCCAUGGUGGCCCAGUACGGCAUCAUGCCCCUCGCUGCCUUUGUGCUGGGCAAGGUCUUCAAGCUGAGCAACAUUGAGGCACUGGCCAUCCUCAUCUGUGGCUGCUCUCCUGGGGGGAACCUGUCCAACCUCUUCACUCUGGCCGUGAAGGGGGACAUGAACCUCAGCAUUGUGAUGACCACCUGCUCUACCUUCUUUGCCUUGGGCAUGAUGCCUCUCCUCUUGUACAUCUACACCAAAGGAAUCUAUGAUGGAGACCUUAAGGACAAGGUGCCCUAUGCAGGCAUCAUGGUAUCACUGGUCAUGAUUCUCAUUCCUUGUACCAUAGGUAUUGUCCUCAAGUCCAAAUGGCCAAAAUGCGUACCCUACAUCAUCAAGGGAGGGAUGAUCAUGACUUUCUUCCUCAGUGUGGCUGUCACGGUCCUCUCUGUAAUGAACGUGGGCAAUAGCAUCAUGUUCGUCAUGAAACCACACCUGCUGGCUACCUCCUCCCUGAUGCCUUUCUCUGGCUUCCUGCUGGGUUACAUUCUCUCUGCUCUCUUCCGACUCAAUGCACAGUGCAGACGCACCAUCAGCAUGGAAACAGGAUUCCAAAACAUUCAGCUCUGCUCCACCAUCCUCAAUGUGACCUUUCCCCCUGAAGUCAUUGGACCACUUUUCUUCUUUCCCCUCCUCUACAUGAUUUUCCAACUUGCAGAAGGAUUUCUCUUCAUUGCCAUCUUCAGGUGCUAUGAAAAACUCAAGCCUCCCAAGGAAAAAACAAACAUCAUCUACAAGGCUGCUGCAACUCAAGAAGCAAUUCCAGCUCUGGCAAACAGCACCCACAAGGAGAGUGCUCCUCUUCCACAACCUAGUCCUCCCCAGAAAGGCUUGGAUUCUGGUCAGAUGGCAAAUUAGAAUGCUUGUGUGAUAAACAGAAGCAGGCAAAAAUGAAAGAUCAAACUUGCCUGAACAUUUGUGUGGCAACAUCCAGCAAAACUCACUUCUAGCAAACCCAUCAGCAGAAUCAUCAAGCCACACUUAGAUAGAGAGGAGUGCCUUCCCAGAACUCUCGCACACAACCCCAAAAAAGGGUAGUACAUGCCUAUAUAAUCUGUGUGCUCAGUUCAAGGUCAGCCUAAGGUACAAGCAAGACUGUCUCAAGAAACCAAAUAAAUACUUUUCAAUGACUAUGAAUCCCUAUUGUCCAUUAAGCAUCCAAACAGUUUUUUAACUUUAAUGCAAAGUUCUAACACCACACAAGUUCUAACAUAAAAAAUUCCAAUGCUAUUCCUUUCAUAUCAACAUGGGUGGAAUUAAAGUUCCAGUCAAUACCAACUAUACAAAAGUAGACAAUAAAAUGCAAAAGCAAUUAAUACAGCUACUCACAAGUAUAAAGAUUUUUAAAUACCAGAAGUAGGAACUUUUAACAAGGAAAAAGUCCAAAGACGGACAAACCAUCAAGUCAUUAUGAAUCGGUGGAAUUGAGCACUUCAAAACCUUAGGGGAGUACUGUGUGCCCAAGGGUGGCUUCCCAACUCACAGAAACCACCACUUGAAUUCUCAGAUUUCGUCUUAUGAAGUUUAAACAUUCAUGUUUCCUCACAUGCAAAAAAGCACUAAGAUUAAUAAAAAACUGUCAUUUUUCUAUACA